AUGGAGGACGAAGAAUUAAACAGCGUUAAAGCCGCAAUAUCUUCCGGAAACUGGAAUGAAGUUGCCCUUCCAUACAAGACCGCUACAAUCAAAGAUGAUCUUUUGUGUUAUGGAGAGCUGUUGCUAAGAGGAGACAGGAUAGUGAUCCCUGCAAAACUCCGUGAAAAGGUAGUCAGGUUAGCUCACAUUGGACACCAAGGCAUCACAGGUAUCAAAGCCCAUCUGAGAUCGAAGGUUUGGUUUCCAGGGAUGGACAAACUAGUGGAACAAAUGGUCAAAAGCUGCAAACCUUGCCAAAUGACGGCGUUGCCUGAUAAGCCGAACCCUAUUGGUCGCCGAAUUCCCACUCAACCUUGGGAAGAUCUUGCUAUGGAUUUCAAAGAAGGAUUGCCAGAAGGAAAAUCUUUACUCGUUGUUGCAUGUUACACCAGCCGUUUCAUGCAAGUGGAAACCAUGAAACCUGCGACAUCACAAAAAGUUAUUCGUGCCUUAUUGAAGAUGUUCGCAUCGCUUGGAGUUCCUCGAUCAAUAACAGCUGACAACGGUCCUCAGUUUAGAUCUUCAGAGCUUAAGCAAUUUUGCACUAGCUACGGCAUUCAUCUGAACCUCUCCACUCCGUAUUGGCCGGAACAAAACGGAGCGGUUGAGAGGCAAAUGCGGAAUAUAGGUCGAAGAAUCAAGAUUAGUAUUAUCCAAAGCACAAAUUGA